AUUCUGACUGACAAAAACAUCUGUUAAAAAAUAUGGCUGCUUGUAGUGUGGAUGCUGUCAUUUGCAAACUCUUAAAUCACUUUAAAAAGUUGUAAACAGUGUUAAGAAAAUAUUUCGAUUUGAAGCAAGUGAAUAUAUUCAGUAUUAAGUUUUUCGAAAAAUGUGGAAAAAUUUGCUUUUUAUAGUGCCGCUACUUUUAAUAUUUAUAUCACAGAGCGAGGCCCAAUCUUACGAUGAUAAAAGAUGUAAAUGCAUCUGUCCAAAUCUUGCAGCAGUCCUUAAUAUUACAGAUUCUUCAAAAAUACGUUCGAAUUUUAUUUCGAACGUAACGCCAAAUCAUUGUAAUUGUAAGGAUGCAGUUUUAAAUCAUCUUGGCGAUAAAAUUAAAGGAAAGGAGCAAUUAGUCUGUCCUAGGUGUGAUUGUAAAUAUGAAAAUAGAAAUACAACUAUUAUUAAAAUUGUAGUAAUCAUUGUAAUAUGGGUGAUAUCAUUAUUAGUAAUUUAUAUGCUGUUUUUAAUAUGCUUGGAUCCUCUACUUAAUAAGAGAUUACCAAAAGCCGGGGCUGGUUAUCAGGAGCAUAACAACGAAGAGGACGAUACAUCAUCAGCACCCGGAAUGUCACAUCCGAUGGGUGUUAGGGGCAAUGUUUUAAAUCGUGUUGGACAUCAACAAGAUAAAUGGAAACGACAAGUCCGAGAGCAGAGACGUAAUAUUUACGAUCGGCAUACAAUGCUAAAUUAAUUAAUUUUUACAGACUGCAAUGAACAUCUCGCAGGUACAAAGCAUUUCCUGUCUUCUGACUUGUCUCAUUUAUAUAUAUAUAUAAUAUAUAUAUGUAUACAUACUCAAAUAUUUAAGUCCGUUAAUUUAGUUCGUAAAUGUAUAAAUAAAUAUAUUUUUUAAGGUAAUAAUUAUUGAAAAUAAAUGUAUAUGUCUAUAGAGUA